AUGAAUAGAAUCGAUUUUAAUUGGGUUCCAUUUCAUAUAGUAGCUUGUUCUAGUGAGGAUUUUAAUAGUCCUGCAGACUUCCUGUCAACUCAAUAAUAUGGAUAACAACGAAGUUGGGAAUGUAGUAGAACUGCAGACUAUCCAGUUGAAAUAAUCCUGAGAUUUCAUACCAGAAUUUAAGUUGAUCAUUUAUUGAUAGCUAGUAAAGCUGAUAAAGGGAUUCCAAAAAUGAAUAUAUAUAUAGGAGAUGGAUUAAAUGGAGGAUGGAAUGAUGCUGAAUAUAGAAGGGCUGGACAAUGCGAGAAUAUUUACGUUAAACCUCUUUAAGUGAAAUUAACAGGAAUAGGGAAUUAUUUGAAGAUUAAAAUAAUUGAACAUCCAAAGAGAGCUCCUUAAAACCCUUAUGGAUAAGUUUCUAUUUCACUGUUAAAAAUAUGGGGAAUUCCAAGAAGUUAUAACAUUGUGGAUUAAAGUGAAGAGGUCUAUGGUGCUAAGGAUAAUAUAGGUAUAGAAUUAUAGUUAAAGUAGAUAAGAUGUUGAUUGAUUUGGGUAUUCCUGUGGAUAUGAUCAACUGGUUUGAAGACGAUGAUAGAAAUUAUUAAUAUGCUCCAAUUGAUGAUGAAUCUAGAGAGACAUUGAAUGAUUUAAAAUUAAAGAGAGACUCAGCAAGAAGAGUGGAAGAUUUUGAAUUUUUGAAGGAAUUAAAAAGAGAUAUGAAGUUAAUAUUUGAAAUAGGGAAGGAAAUUUGGAAAUUAAAAAGAGAGUUAAGUUUUUGUGUUGCUAAGGAAGAUUAUCUCAGAGCAAUGGAAUUAAGAAAUAGAUUAAAAAGAUUAGAGGCUAAAAGAGACACUUUUGAUGCAUUGUAUGAAACUAGCAGAUAUGAGAAAAUGAUCAAUUUAUAAAGACCUACAACAGCUGAAUAUAUGAGACAUUUGGAGUAUUUGGAAAUGUAAGAAUAAAUGAAUGCAGAUGCUUUAAGAAGAUAAAGAGAAUUAGAAGAAUAAAAUAGAAGAAGAAUGAUUUAAGAAGAAUAAAAUCUAUUGGGUAAAAGUACAGACAAUAAAAUUGAUAAAACACCAUGGUGGGAAAAGGGAGGUGAUGAUAGAAACAUUAAAAAGAAGAAAAAGAAAGAAAAGAAAGAAGAUGAUGAACCACUAUUAAAUUUCAAUAAUCCUUUUGCUUUUAAUGAAGGAGAUGUUGAUUUAGAAUUGUAUCUUAAUCCUUUACUAGCAUAAGCAGGAGAGAAGAUGGUUGAUAUCCCAUUAGAAAUAUUAAGAAGAUUACAUCAAUUAGGAUAUCUAACAGUUUUUGGAGCCAAAGCUUGGACAGGUAUUCAUAGUGAUAGUUGGAGAAUUAGAGAAGCUUGUGCUUAAGCAGUAUUGAAUUUCUUAGAAAUGCCACUACCAGAUAAAUAUAAAAAUGGUAAAACUAAAAAAUUGUUUCUUGCUGCUAUGGAAUUUGCUAAAAUCUGUAUGGAAGACAAAAUAUUAUCAAUAUAUUUUAUCGGAUUAAAAAUAUUAUCAACUGCAUUAGCCCCUCCUGUUUGUGGAACUGAUGUAUCCCCUGCCAUUAUUAAUAAAGUUUUAAAAGAAUUCACUCCAAUUCUUAUAGAAAAAAUUAGUGAAUUGAAUUUUAGAGCUAGAGAUAUAAGUUUACACACUCUCUUAAGUAUCUAUAGACAUCCUGCUGCCAAUCUUGGAAUGCUUGUAUUAAAUCUAUAAUAACAUAGGUUUCAUGUUGUUUUGAUAAGAUGGUUAUGGAUCCCAAUUUCCCUACCUUAUUUGUUCCACCUGACAAAUAGCCUACUAGAAUUAUAUAAGCCAGAUUAGAAAUAGUAUCAAAUGUGCUUUAAGAGUUUGGAUACGAUCAAAGAUAAUUUAAUCAUCAAGAUAUCUUCUUCAUUCUAGCUACUCCUUGUCUUUUUCAUUAGGCCAAUGAAAUUAGACUCUUAAGUAUUGAAGUGAUAGCAGCUUUAUAUCAAUUUGUUGGAGUAGAAAUAAGAACAAUGGUUGAUGCAAUUGAAAAUCUUAAACCUGGUUUAAAAGAUUAAAUCAUGGCAAGACUUGAUGAAAUCGAUUAAUAAGCUCCUGGUAGCAAAUAAGUUGAUAGAGGGCUUAGUCUUGUACCUGAGGAGGAAUAAGAAGAAAAUUAAUCGGCAUUAUUAAAAAAACAAAAAGAUAAUGCCAAUACCUAAAAAUAAGAUCUUGAUAAAACCAUAAAUAAUGUUUCUUAAAGUAAAAAUCAAGAUAAACUAAAUAAUUCAUAAUUAAGCAAAAAAUGA